GCUCUAGCCACGCUCGGAGCCUGCAGUCUCGUUGCUCCCGGCUUGACGUCAUCGGCGGGCGCCGCAGCGCGGUGGCGGGCACGCGCAGCCGAGAAGAUGUCUCCGACGCCGCCGCUUUUCAGUUUGCCCGAAGCGCGUACGCGGUUUACGAAGUCUACCAGAGAGGCCUUGAAUAACAAAAAUAUCAAGCCAUUGUUGAGUACCUUCAGCCAGUUGCCCGGCAGUGAAAAUGAAAAAAAGUGCACCCUUGACCAAGCUUUCAGAGGUGUUCUAGAAGAAGAAAUUAUAAAUCAUUCAUCAUGUGAAAACGUUUUAGCUAUUAUUUCUCUUGCUAUUGGGGGAGUAACUGAAGGUAUUUGUACUGCAUCUACACCUUUUGUAUUGUUGGGAGAUGUUUUGGAUUGUCUUCCUCUGGAUCAAUGUGACACAAUAUUCACUUUUGUGGAAAAAAAUGUUGCUACUUGGAAAUCAAAUACGUUCUAUUCUGCUGGGAAAAAUUAUUUACUACGUAUGUGCAAUGAUCUCCUAAGAAGAUUAUCUAAAUCCCAGAAUACAGUCUUCUGUGGACGAAUUCAACUCUUUUUGGCCAGGCUUUUCCCUCUAUCUGAGAAAUCAGGUCUUAACUUGCAGAGUCAGUUUAACCUGGAAAAUGUCACUGUUUUCAAUACCAAUGAGCAAGAAAGCACCCUGGGUCAGAAGCACACUGAGGAUAGAGAAGAAGGAAUGGAUGUAGAAGAAGGUGAAAUGGGAGAUGAUGAAGCUCCAACAACUUGCUCCAUUCCAAUUGAUUACAAUCUGUAUCGAAAAUUCUGGUCACUUCAGGAUUACUUCAGGAACCCUGUGCAAUGCUAUGAGAAGAUUUCAUGGAAAACUUUUCUCAAGUAUUCUGAAGAAGUUUUAGCUGUUUUUAAGAGUUACAAAUUGGAUGAUACUCAGGCCUCAAGGAAAAAGAUGGAAGAAUUGAAAACAGGAGGAGAGCAUGUAUAUUUUGCAAAAUUUUUAACAAGUGAAAAGUUGAUGGAUUUACAACUGAGUGACAGUAACUUUCGUCGACACAUCCUGUUGCAAUAUCUCAUUUUAUUCCAAUAUCUCAAGGGGCAGGUCAAAUUCAAAAGUUCAAACUAUGUUUUAACUGAUGAGCAAUCACUGUGGAUUGAAGACACUACAAAAUCAGUCUAUCAACUACUAUCUGAAAACCCCCCCGAUGGAGAAAGAUUUUCAAAGAUGGUAGAGCAUAUAUUAAACACUGAAGAAAACUGGAACUCGUGGAAAAAUGAAGGCUGCCCAAGUUUUGUGAAAGAAAGAUCAUCAGAUACCAAGCCUACGAGAGUAGUACGGAAGAGAACAGCACCAGAGGACUUCCUAGGGAAAGGACCCAACAAAAAAAUUCUGAUGGGAAAUGAGGAGUUAACAAGGCUUUGGAAUCUCUGUCCUGAUAAUAUAGAAGCCUGCAAAUCAGAGACAAGGGAAUACAUGCCAACUUUAGAGGAGUUCUUUGAAGAAGCCAUUGAACAGGCAGACCCUGAAAACAUGGUUGAAAAUGAAUAUAAGGCUGUGAACAAUUCAAAUUAUGGUUGGAGAGCCCUGAGACUGUUGGCACGGAGAAGCCCUCACUUCUUUCAGCCAACCAACCAGCAGUUUAAAAGUUUGCCAGAGUAUCUCGAAAACAUGGUAAUAAAGCUAGCCAAGGAAUUACCACCUCCUCCUGAAGAAAUAAAAACAGGUGAGGAUGAAGAUGAGGAAGAUAAUGAUGCUUUACUGAAGGAAAAUGAAAGUCAUGAUGUUCGGCGAGACAAACCUGUGACAGGGGAACAAAUAGAGGUAUUUGCCAACAAGCUGGGUGAACAAUGGAAGACUCUGGCUCCCUACUUGGAAAUAAAAGACUCAGAAAUUAGGCAGAUUGAGUGUGAUAGUGAAGACAUGAAGAUGAGAGCUAAGCAGCUCCUAGUCGCCUGGCAAGAUCAAGAGGGAAUUCAUGCAACGCCUGAGAACCUGAUUAAUGCACUGAAUAAAUCUGGAUUAAGUGACCUUGCAGAAACUCUAACUAAUGACAAUGAGACAAAUAGUUAGCUUUUUUUUUUUUUUUUUUUUAUUAAAACUGUGAUAAGAUUUUGUUACCAAGCAGCAUUUGAUAAGAGGUCCACUGGUUUUGGUAAACAAUAAACAUUUUUAUAACAAUU